CCACCCCCGGAGCGCCGGACGCUGUGCGGCGGCGGCGGUGGCGGUGCCACCAUGGCGGAGACUGCGGUCCCCUGCCGGGUGCAAUACCUGGAAGACUCCGAUCCCUUCGGUUGCGGCAGUUUCCCGGAGCCCCGACGUGCGCCUGUUUACGCCGUGGAGGAAGCGCUGGCCCUGGGAGCGCAGCUGCCCGCUGUGCACCGGCUGCUGGGAGCGCCGCUGCCGCUGGAGGACUGCACGCUGCAGGUUUCCCCAUCCGGCCACUACCUGGACCUGGAGCUGUCGCUGCUGGAGCAGAAGGAUGACCUGGAGGCUUUCUACGAGGAGGUCAGGAAGGGCCGGCGGCCAACGCUGAUCCUGCGCACGCAGCUGUCCGUCCGUGUCCACGCCAUCAUCGAGAAGCUGUACAACUCGCAGGGCCCGGAGCUGCGGCGCUCCCUCUUCUCCCUCAAGCAGCUCUUCCAGGAGGACAAGGACCUGGUGCCAGAGUUUGUGAACCUGGAUGGGCUGACGUGCCUGAUCAACGUGGGGGCAGAGGCGGACCAGAACUACCAGAACUACAUCCUCCGUGCCUUGAGCCAGAUCAUGCUCUUCGUGGAUGGGAUGCAGGGUGUCAUCAACCACAACGAGACCAUCCAGUGGCUGUACACGCUGUCAGGAAGCCCGUUUCGCCUGGUGGUGAAGAUGGCCCUGAAGCUGCUGCUGGUCUUCGUGGAGUACACAGAGCCCAACGCCCUGCUCCUCAUCCGCGCCGUCAAUGCUGUGGAUCAGGCGAGAGGUGCGUGCCCAUGGUCCAACCUGAUGGCCAUCCUUGAGCAGCGCAAUGGGGCUGACACGGAGCUGCUGGUGUUUGCCAUGACGCUGAUCAACAAGACGCUGGCCGCCCUCCCAGACCAAGAUUCCUUCUACGACGUGACCGACUGCCUGGAGCAGCAGGGCAUGGAGAGGGUCGUGCAGCAGUAUUUAAGCAGCAAGGGCACUGACCUCGACCUGAAGCAGCAAUUUGUCCUCUAUGAAAGCGCACUGCGGCUGGAGGACGGCGUGGAGGAGCCGCCAGCAGGCGGGCGCAAGGAGCGCAGGAAGACAGACGAGGGGCGGCGGGGGUGGAGGGCACAGGGGGGCAGUGCUGAGCUCGACCCUCUGCAGAGCUCAGAGAGCCCCGGAUCCCCAUCAAAUGAGACCCUCAGAACUCCGAAGGAGCCUCCUGUUGAGGACAGCCCCGAGCUGAGCAUCCCAGUGGAGCCCUGCCCCAAGAGUGUCUUCAGUAGCGCGUCCAGCCUGCGGCUCAACCUAUCCAGCCCCCCAGCUGAGAAGGAGCCCCCCAGCAUGGGGGAGAGGAGCAUCUACAAGCUGCACCAACCUGCUGCUGUCUGGCGGGAGGAUGCCCCCUCCUUGCAUGGGGACAAACCUAUUCUGAAGAGGUUUGAAGCUCGCUUCUUGGAGAACCUGGCUGCUGCCCAGAAGGAGAAGAUGUCUGCCAUGGCCAAGGGACGGAUCGACAUCCUCAGCGAUGUUGCACCACUGGAGCAUCCCAUCGCUUGGGAUGGGGACAGCAGCAACCCUGAUUCUGGCACAGAACCACGCCGCAUGAGGUCCCACGCAGGCCGGCAGGACGUCUCCGACUCUUGCAGCACCAUCUCCUCUGAUACCAAGUUCAUGCUGGACAUGCUCUAUGCCAAGGGCUCCUCAGAGCCAGGGAGGCAGAAGGUCUUCCCCGAGGAGCCAUCGUUGUCCCCAAGCCAAAGAGAGCUGGACACGGACACGAGGUCCAGCUGUGCCGAGGGACCUGGUGGUCAGGAACAAGAGAAUGGCCGGCCCCACGGUGGGCUGGUGGCGAGUGCCCACGCCAAGCUGGCACGUGCUGCAUCCAGCAUCGAUGCCGAGAGCCACACGCAGAAGCUGGAGAGCACCGUCACGAUGCCCGUCAAGAACGACGUGGAGUUGUCAUGGGAGCGCCUGGAGGCUGGCCCCGUACAACUGAAAAUCAAGGACUUGGACUUCACUGACCUGGGGGAGGAGGAGGACUUGGACGUCUUGGACUCAGGGCCCAUUGCCAAUGGCUCCUUCCUUCCUGCCAGCAUCGAGGCAGCGAGUGCUGGAGUUCUCAUGGCUCCCCCUCCUCCCCCAAUGGUCCCUGGCUGCCCACCACCUCCACCUCCACCACCCAUGGCUCCUGGCUGCCCACCACCUCCACCUCCACCACCCAUGGUCCCUGGCUGCCCACCUCCCCCUGGUUUCUUAGGCCCCUCAGCCGCCGAUGGUCCUUCCCAAGCCAAGAAGAAGAGGACAGUGAAGCUCUUUUGGAAGGAGCUGAAGCAGCUGGAUGGCACUGUGGGAUCAGGAAGAUUUGGGCAGGCGACACUGUGGGCAUCCUUGCAAAACGUUGAGGUCAACGCUGCCAAACUGGAGCAUCUCUUUGAGUCCCGUGCAAAAGAGAUGCCAGCUUCCAAGAAAGUUACUGAUGGAAAGAAAGUGGUGGUGGUGCUGGAUCCCAAGAGGAGCAAUGCCAUCAACAUUGGCCUCACCGUGCUGCCACCUGUGCACAUCAUCAAGACAGCCGUGCUCAACUUUGAUGAGUUUGCAGUCAAUAAGGAAGGGAUUGAGAAAAUCCUGACCAUGGUCCCGACCGAGGAGGAGAAGCAGAGGAUCCAGGAGGCCCAGCUGGCCAAUCCUGAUGUGCCGUUGGGCUCUGCGGAGCAGUUCCUGCUUUCAUUGUCCUCCAUCAGCGACCUGACGGCCAGGCUCCAGCUCUGGGCCUUCAAGCUGGACUAUGAGAGCCUGGAGCAGGAAAUUGCAGAGCCGCUGUUUGAUCUGAAAGUGGGCAUGGAGCAGCUGGCCAAAAAUCACACCUUCAAGUGCAUCCUGGCCACGCUGUUGGCCAUGGGCAACUUCCUGAAUGGCUCCCAGAGCAGAGGCUUUGAGCUGGGCUAUCUGGAGAAGGUGUCGGAGGUGAAGGACACGGUGCACCGGCAGUCCCUGCUCCACCACGUCUGCCAGAUGGUGGUGGAGAAGUUCCCAGAAACCACGGACCUCUACUCAGAGAUCGCCUCCAUCACUCGCUCUGCCAAGGUUGACUUUGAUGAGUUGGCCAACAGCCUGGUGCAGCUGGAGCGGCGCUGCCGGGCGUCCUGGGACAACCUGAAGGUGAUCGCCAAGCACGAGGCCAAGCCGGUGCUGAAGAGCAAGCUGACCGACUUCCUCAAGGACAGCACCCAGCGCAUCGUCGUCUUGAAGGUGGUGCACCGGCGUGUCCUCAACAGGUUCCACUCCUUCCUGCUCUACCUGGGGUACCCGGCGAGCGUUGUGCGGGAUGUGAAGGUGAUGCCCAUCUGCAAGCUGCUGCGGGAGUUUGCCCUGGAGUACCGCACGUGCCGGGAGCGAGUCCUGCAGCAGCAGAAGAAGCGUGCGGCCCAUCGUGAGCGCAACAAGACGCGCGGCCGGCUCAUCACAGAGACCGAGAAGUUCUCUGGCAUCACCGAGGCAUCGCCACCCGCCGUGGUGUCAACCAGCCCCGCACAGCAGGAGCAGGCAGAGGUGGGCCACGAGAGCAUGAAGAGCAUCCUGAGCUCACCCACAGAUGUCCCUGCCCGCCGCAGUCGGGGUGGCCGCGUGACGGGGCUCUCCAGCCCCAGUCAGGGCUCCCCAGCCCAGGAGGAUGUCCCCAGCUCACCCGACGACGCCUCGGAUGAGAUCAUGGACCGCCUGGUGAAGUCGGUGACGCACAGUGCCAACCCCCGUCCCUGCCCCAGCCGGGAACGCAGGAGGUCCCGUGGCAACAGGAAGUCCUUGCGACGGACACUGAAGAGCGGGCUGAGCGAUGAGCUGGUGCAGGCGCUGGGCUUGGGACAGGCACCGGGCAUGGAGGUGUGAUGUGACCACCUGCAUCCCAUGGGGAAGGACACAGGGACGCUUGGCACGCUCCGCACCUUUGGUCUCACCUUCAGCUCCAGAGCACGAUGGGAGCGAUGCUCCAGAGCUGCUCUGUGGGGUCAGGAUGGAGAAUGCAAGGUGGAGGAUGGAGGAUGGAGGAUGGAGGAUGGAGGAGCAUGUGCUGCAGUGGGAGUCGGAGCAGUACUGAGGGGAGAGGGGCUGGACCCGGACCCCCGCUGGGAGCUGGGUCUGGCUGCUGUGACAAUAAAGUGAUGUGACGUGU